AUGCGCGGCGGCAGACUGCAUGACUCUAUCCUCCACCUCCAGCAUAACAUGCAGCAGGGCACGCGGUGCCGACCACUCCUCCACCCGUAUUGGAGCUUCACCCCGGAGCAGCGUCACGACACGAAGCUGCGUGAACUUCUCUAUCCCCACUCUUUUUUCUUGAAGGAGCGCCGCAAGUGCCCGCAACGCCUCCAGACGCGCUGCAUCGUCAACAGCCACACCACCAAGGGCGAGAGACGCCAGCGGCUCGAGCACACCACUUUGCAGGAGCGCUUCUUGCGCUGCUGGUCCGUCGUGGUGUGCCUCUACCCCGCGCAGCACACAGCUGAUGAUGGAGACAGCCAUAAGGACCACUACGUUCUGCAAAUUAUUUAG